CCGUGUGCAGACGCAACGCAGUUUAGCGAUGCUAGUGACCCAUACAAGGGGACCCAUGCAAAGUUGAGCUGCACAUUUAGGGAGAUUAAUCUUUCGCACUGGACUGAAACUAAAAGAAAAACUACAUUUACUGUAGUGUCAACAAAGUUUGGGGCUGUAAUUUUUGGAUGCACUGUUUCGUGCAAACUUGCAGUCGCUUUUAACGACCUCGCGAGCGAGAUUCCAGAACAGAGCGGAGGCUAACGGUUGUUAGCCUUCAAGCUAAACACACAAGCAAGGAGACCGAUAGCGGGUAGUUUUUAGGAUUCACAGCAUGGAGCUGGAGAGCCUUUGUCGGGACCGGUUGAAGACAUGUCUCGGUGCUUACUAGUCCCCCGUCAGUAAACGACCACUCGACGCAAAGCUCAGGCUGCUGGUUAGCUAGCUAACCGUAGCAUCAUCCACCUAGUUAAUACGCUAGCUCGCAUCACCGCGCAGCCUUCCGCCGAGGUGCACUUCCCCCACUCUCCCUCCAGCCGGCUCGCCGCAGCGAUAGUCCGGUACAUAAAAUGAAGCGAGCGUCAGCGUUUUGGGAAGCUGUGUGGCUGUUUGGCUUGUGCUGAUGUACGAGGAGACGAUAUUGUUUUUUUGAGAUCUCUGUCAAGGAGGUCAAAAUCAGUACGGGGAAUGGACGAGCAGAAAUCAAACUGCGAAGAAAAUGACUCUGAACCAACAGCUGAUGACAAUGCCCCUUCAAAGCAGCUUGUCCCCUUUGAGGAGGAGUCCAAAGCCCUCCUUGGUGCUGAGGGCUUGUCUGGUGCUACUGCAGCCUCGUCCAGCAAACCUGUAGAGAGCGUUCAAGCCUGUGCGCUUUGUAACUGUGUGGAGAGGAGCCUGCAUGGACAGCGGGAACUGAGACACUUUGGGCCAUUUUCUGAGAGGCCAACCCUCAAGCCAUCAGCUUCCCCACUGCCACAGCCCGGGAAUGAUGACCUGUCUUCCAUUGGAUUUUUCGACUCCCCCUAUCUGACGUCACUCUUCGACGACUCAGGGGGUUGUGCAGUUCAUCACUGGUGUGCGGUGUGGUCGGAGGGAGUGAAGCGGAUGGAGAAUGAGGAGCUGGAAGACGUGGAUAAGGCCGUUAUCUCAGGGACACAGCGGCUUUGCGAAUACUGCAAAAGGCUGGGCGCAACCAUUCGAUGCCAUGCUGAGGGCUGCACGCGGUUCUACCACUUCCCCUGCUCAGCAGCCAGUGGAUCCUUCCAGUCCAUGAAGCAGUUGGUCCUCCUUUGUCCAGAGCACAUAGACAAGGCAGAGGAGUUGGCAGGUGAGGAGUCUUGGUGUGCAGUGUGUGAUUCAGCAGGGGAGCUCACGGACUUGCUGUUCUGUACGGGUUGUGGCCAACAUUAUCAUGCGGCCUGUCUUGAGAUCGGUGCCACGCCCAUCCAAAGGGCAGGAUGGCAGUGCCCAGAGUGUAAAGUGUGUCAGACUUGCAGACGACCAGGAGAAGACUCAAAAAUGUUGGUAUGUGAUGCCUGUGAUAAGGGCUACCACACCUUCUGUCUCCAGCCAGCCAUGGAUUCUCUUCCCUCUGACCCAUGGAAAUGCAGAAGGUGUCGUGUAUGUACGGAGUGUGGCGUCCGUGGACUGGUAUUGCCAGGUGUGGCCCAGUGGUUUGACAACUACGCCGUGUGUGAGGGCUGCCAGCGUCACCGCAGCUGUGGCGUGUGCAGCAAAGCUGCCAACCCAUCUGUCACUCUGCUGUGCUGCAGCAUGUGCCGCAGGUGGGUGCACAGUGAGUGCGCUUUGCUGGGGGAGCUUUCAGAAGCCAAGUGCAUUUGCCGGCUUUGCAAGGAGGAUGAGCAGCAGCCAGUCACUCAACCAUACACAGCGGAGACACAAACCAGAGAGGCGUCCGAGGAGACGGGAGGGCAUGUGAAUUCGGUGGAGAUGACAAUCCAAACAGACACAGACAUGGUGACAGAAGAGCACACAGACUUAUCAGAGGUGACACCAGGACAGAAAGAUGCAUCAAAGAUGGUUCAGGCUGAAGCCAUAACUGAUGAAGAGGCUCCAAUGGGCUUGGGGGUGGAGUCUGCAGUUGGUGAGUCAACACAUGGGGAGAAAAUCAAGGAGGUACAGGUAGCAACAGAAGGAUUGACUUCUGAGGCAACCGUUGUUCCACUUGGGUCCACCACAGAACAAGGGGCCUCUUGUCUUCCUGCUGAUGAAGAGAGAGCAGAAGAGGAUGUCAGCCAGGUGACUGAAUCCACCCGUUCCCAGGACCCCACAGCAGAGACACAGUGUGACAACCUUAGAGUAGAACCAACACCAUUGUCACAUCAGGGCCCUGAAAGUAUGCAGGUGGAGAAGGAGACGCAGGAGGUCACUCCCUCAGUGGAACAAGAAGUAGCACCAGAGUUAUUAAACAAUGGUUCUGAGUGCACGCCUAUCACAGAACCAUUAAGUAAUGAUCCACCAAAGUUACCAGCUUCUCCUGCCUCUUUGGAUAAAACGGAGCAUUUGCCCAUGGAUAAUCGUCAGGAAAGUCCAUGCCAGGACCCCCAGUCUCCUUCUUCUUUAUCAGUAGACACACAAGAGGUUCUCUCUUCUAUGGAAAUAGGUGGGAGGUUACUACCCCACUCUGAGGAGGAGGAUGAUGAAGAAGAGUAUGAUGAGCAUAUGAGAGGAGAAGGACUUCAUGAGGACAUAAAGCAGGAACUGCAGGAGCAAGAGGUUAAGAGGGAAUUGCUGCUGGACGAGAUGUCCUAUAUGAGCCACGGAGAUGAGAGCAGCAGUGGCUUUUUGGGCUCUCCAGGAGAACACGAUCCUCAGCUCUCCAUGGAGUUUGGCCUUUUACCCACUAGCCACUCACACACAGAUAAUCUGCUCUCUGAGACCGAUGACUCGCUUCCCUUUGAACCCUUCAGUAGCGACAGAGAGAAGGUGAAACGGAGAGGAUCCCCAGGCCGCUCACGGGUCAAACAGGGGCGAAGCAAUAGUUUUCCUGGGAAGCGUAGACCUCGAGGUGGUGGUGGUGGAGGGAGAGGGCGUGGUGGGAGGUCACGCCUCAAAGCCAUGGCCUCCUGCAUUGAUGCUUUCUUGCUAAGCAUGGCCACAGAAACGGGACUAAAUAAGGAGGAAGACGAUGAGGAAGAUGACACAAUGCAGAACACAGUGGUCCUUUUUUCUAACACUGAUAAAUUCGUUCUGCUCCAGGAUAUGUGUGUUGUGUGUGGCAGUUUUGGAAAGGGUGCGGAGGGGCAGUUAUUGGCUUGUGCUCAGUGUGCCCAGUGUUACCAUCCGUACUGUGUGAACAGCAAAAUCACCAAGACGAUGCUCCGUAAGGGCUGGCGCUGUUUGGAAUGUAUUGUGUGCGAGAUGUGUGGAAAGGCUUCGGACCCCUCUCGUCUGCUGCUGUGUGAUGACUGUGAUGUCAGCUAUCACACCUACUGCUUGGACCCACCCCUGCACAAUGUUCCCAAGGGUGGUUGGAAGUGCAAAUGGUGUGUAUGUUGUGUGCAGUGUGGUUCCAACUCCCCGGGUUUCCACUGUGAGUGGCAGAACAACUACACCCACUGUGGCCCCUGUGCCAGCCUCGUCACUUGUCCGGUAUGCAGAGAGAACUUUAUGGAGGAGGAGCUGCUGCUGCAGUGUCAGUACUGUGAUCGCUGGGUCCAUGCCGUCUGUGAGAGUUUGUACACAGAGGAUGAGGUGGAACAAGCUUCUGAUGAGGGCUUUGCAUGCACAUCCUGCUCCGCAUAUGUUCCAAAACCCAUGGUAGUAGAGUCAGCCAUUAUGGCUUCGAUAAAGAUCAAAGAACCAGAACCCCAGUUCUACCGGUUGGAGGGUGUGUGGCUGACGGAGUCGGGUAUGUCCCUGCUUCGCAGCAUCUCCAUGUCUCCCCUGCAUAAGAGGCGGCAGCGUCGCUCCCGUCUCGGCACUCUGUGCUGUGAAGGAGGUCCUGAUGGAAUGGAUCUAAGGGAAGUCGAAGAAGGGGAGGAUGGAAAAGGCUGUGGGGAACCCAUGGAAUGUGAAUCCAAGAUGGAGAACCCUGGGAGCCCUGACAGAGAUGGAGGUGCAGAGGGAGGCACUGAAGGCAUGGCUGACUGCGAGGGCCUCAAAGGAGAAACAGGGGAGAUGGAUGAUAGUAAAAAAAGAAAGCGGAAACCCUACAGGCCUGGAAUUGGAGGCUUCAUGGUGCGACAAAGGAAGUGUCACACACGAAUGAAGAAAGAAUUUUUUGCCCAGUUGGCUGGAGAGACUACAUUAGAUGGACAGCCAAUAGAGAGAACCAUUGACGAAGGACCUCACCCUGACACAGAUAACAUAAUGGACCCUAAACCAGUGGAGGGCGAGGAACAGGCCAAGAAACGUCGGGGACGGAAGAAAAGCAAACUUGAGGACAUGUUUCCAUCCUAUCUCCAGGAGGCUUUCUUUGGGAAGACACUAAUAGACAUGAGUAAGAAAGCUGCGAUGAUACCUCCUGGCCAGAGGCCAGGCGCAUGCCCGGUCCGACCUUCAUUGCCAGCGCCGUCAGGGGUCAGAACUACAGCCCCAGAGACUGAGGAUCGUGUGGUGAAAGAUAAUUUUCCUCUCAAGCAAGAAGGGGGUGAUGCCUCUCAGGCUCAGGGAGAAGGUGCAGGAGUUUCUGCACCAUCCUCAUCGCUGAAGGAUCAGGCGUCAAGUGAUCCGCACGCCUCUGAUGCAGAAAAACGUGAAGGUCUUCCGCAAGGGAUGGAGAGUCAGGACUCUGAGCAGUUCUUCAGAAAGGUUCUGGGAGUGUCAGAUGGCUCCUCUUUGGGGGGAAUGAAGCCCAUCUUGGAGGGCAGUAAGGGAGAACUCAAUUCUAGCGCUCUGCCGCAGAGAGCUCUCCUCUCAGGUUCCCUGCCCUCAGCUGGAAUGAUGGAUGCUUUUCCUGGUCUCACUCAGUCACCGUUCUUUGAUAUGCGGGAUCGAGGAGGACUGUUCAGUCCAGAUGGGGGUGAUGAGAGCCCCUGGGCCACUCCCUCUACCCCAGCAACCCCCUCCUCCCCAUCAACCCUCACUGAGGCAGAGGGCGAUGGGCUGUCCUACAACCAACGCAGUCUCCAGCGCUGGGAGAAAGAUGAGGAGCUGGGAGAACUUUCAACUAUUUCCCCUGUGCUUUAUGCUAAUACCAACUUUCCCACUCUCAAACAGGACUACCCAGACUGGGCUAGUCGCUGUAAGCAAAUCAUGAAGGUCUGGAGGAAGGUGUCAGCUGCUGACAAGGUUCCAUAUCUGCAAAAGGCCAAAGAUAACCGAGCAGCUCAGAGGAUCAACAAGGCGCAGAAGCAGGCAGAGAGUCAGGUGUGCAGGCCAGUCAAGAUAGAGGGAGGAGUGCGUGUGAAGACUGAACGACCCAGUUUACACCUCCAGAUCCCUCCACCUUCAGGCUCUACGUCAAUCUCUUCCCAGCCCAGCUCUGCAGAAAGCCCAUUUCCUUUCCCUCCAGAUUCAGGAUCAUCCUCUGUCUUUUUCUCAGAUGGACCUGUUAAGACCCCCGGGUCAGCUGAGAUCCGGACAGAUCCCUUUGCUAAGUUUCCUCCUCAGUCACCCCAUUCUCACUCUCACCCAACCACACCCUUUUCCCAUGCUGGGGCCAGCCCCUUACAGGCCUCUUCCUCAGGUUAUUCCGCUUCCGGCCCACAGGGUCUUCCUCAGGGACGGCCAGCCAGUCUUGGCCCCUUUGACAUGCAACCAGGAACUCCUGGAACCCCCAGACGUGCUCAGCAGGUUGACCCCUACUUCAGAUCACAGCUGCAGCAGCAACAGGGCCACCUACCACAAUCGCAGCAAGGCUCGCAGGAUUCCCUUGGACCGCCAGAAAGUCCUCAUUCAAGAGGCACAGGGCUUGGGGAGUCGCCUAUUUUCUCGCCAGCCCACAAUACCCACUAUGGAGACCCAUUCAGGACCCAGCAAGGGAUGGGACGGUCAGAAUAUGGUUCAUCCCCAUCACCCUCCGCAGUGGCUUCCUCACCUGCAAGCACAGGGCAGUACAAGGCUGAUAUGAGUGCACCAUCUCCACGCUCCUCUGCAGUUGGAAGACCUGAUUUAUCCAUUGACUCUCCUGCUGGGAUGCUGGAGUCUGGCGAUGGUUUAUUCAAGGCACCUAUGAUGCCACGAAUGCAUCAAGGGGAGGGUGGGGCACUUCAUCCUGGAGCUUCCCCGAGCCACCCCUCUGAAGGCUACAGGCAGUCUCCUUCCCACCCUUUCUCUGAUCCACACCCUCAACCAUCACUGACUCCCAGGCCGCAGUCAGGUGACAAUUGUUCUCUCGGUCUCCAGAGACACCCUGUAGCUCAACAGGAACUUUGCCCUCGAGUGCCCUCCAGCCCUCAGUCCCAGGGCAGCUCCCGGUCUCCCCACACUCCUGGUGGCCAUUCCAAUGAUGCCUACUCUGUCCAUUCUCCUGCUGCCCCUCGGUUCCAAUCCCCAGACCUUUGUUCUCAGCCACCUUCAAGGCCACAAUCUAGAGACCCUUUUGCUACUAUCCACAAACCCCCUCGUCCCCUUUCUGUUGCCCCAGAGGGCACUGCAAGUUACAAAGGCUCACCUCAUCCUAACCAGCAACCUCCACCACAUACAAAUAACAGUUCCAUGGGUGAUCCUCUCUCUGGUAAACCGUCAGCACCUCUUACUUACAGCCGCAGCCCCAGCUCGGGAAGUUUCCAAAUAACACAGCAGCAGAGUCAGAUGUUACAGGGUCAGCUUCAGCAACAACAGCCACAAACUCAGCAGACUACGAGUGCAGACAGCUUCAGCUCCAGGGUGCCACCCCUUUCUGGGUCUCAAGAACUAUCAGCUGUCCGCCCUUCAAAUGCACAUCAUCAGCCAGCUUUGUCAGGCACUCAAGAAAUGCCUGACAUUUCAGCAGUACUGGACCCUGCAUUAGUAGGCCUUAGCCCCUCUGAGCUGGAGAAGCACCGACAGCGACUGAGGCUGAGGGAAUUCUUAAUCCGACAACAAAUGCAGAGAAAUUCCAUCAGACAAGAGAAGGAGGCUGCUGCUGCUGCCGCCGCUGCUGCAGCUGCUACUGCUGGCAAUACACCCCCUGGCUGGUCUGGAGGAGAGAUGGGAGCCUUUCAACAAGACAAGGCCCACAGAGCACCACCACCUUAUCCACAGGAUCGUGUUGCCGCUACUACUGCUGGAUCUCAGACGUCUGUGGCAGGAAAGAUGACCAUGGCGGUUGGAAGCAUGGCGGACAAGCUCAUUCGCCCACCACCUACAGGAACUCCUGCCAUCAUGGAUCCAAGUGCACUAAGGCCACCAGGUCCCAGCAGACCUCAGGGCAUGUUUUCCCGCCCUCCAUUCCCUCCUCAGUGGCAGGGCCAGCCUCCAGGUCCAAGGAGGUUUCCCCAGCCUGGCAUGGAGGCUAUGGGCAUAAGGCACAAUCUCAACCCUGCUGCCAACAUUCAGGGUAUGGAAGGCAUGAGUAGCCCUCACACCAUGAUACCAGGACAUGGAGGAGAGACCAUGCAGCCAAUGGGUCAAGGACCCCCACCACAGUUCAUUGAAUUGAGACACAACGCACAGAGGCUUUCCCUUCGACCUCAGUUUAUGCCCCGUGGACCCCAGCCAAGACCACGUCUCUUUCUUCCACAGCAAGAGAUGGCAGCACCUUAUGUUCAGCAACAUCCCAUAGCUCAAGCUGGUGGCAUUCAAACAGAUGGGGGCAGCAACUCACAGCUGGGAUUACCGCAGGGUGGACUGUCUAUUUUACUGCCUCAGCAGUCCACAGGACCAGUAAUACAACAGCCCCACUUGCAGCCGCAGGCAACUACUUCCACUCCAAACGUUCCUAGCACUGAGCAGCAUCAGCUUCGACAACAAAGCCUAGUCACACAGCCCCAGCCUGCCACUGCAGAACAUAGUGAGGAGCUGCCAGAGCCUGACCUUGAGGGGCUUGGGGAUGCCCCAGGGGAUGGAGGUGUCGAGGAUGAGGAUGAUUUGGCUCUAGACUUGGACCCUGACAAAGGAGAUGAUGACUUGGGUAACUUGGACAACCUUGAAACCAAUGAUCCACAUUUAGAUGACUUGCUUAACAGUGAUGAGUUUGACCUGCUGGCAUACACUGACCCUGAACUGGACCAAGGAGACCCUAAAGAUGUCUUCUCAGACCAGCUGCGGUUGGUGGAAGCGGAAAGUGAAGCACCAUCAUCUUCCUCUGGAUCUGUGCUUGUUAAAGUGGAAGGAAAAGCCAGGGCAGAAGUGGAGUCAGGGCAGAAGUCUCUUACUUCAACUCCUUCCAUUGCAAGGGGGUCUGCUACCCAAAUGCCACCCUCUGCAGACACUGUUGAUACCUCCAAGGUAAAAGUAGAGGACAGAGGUCUGACCCCUCAGCUGCAUCCAGGACAUACUGUGGUGAAAGAUGAAAUAGGAGAGGCUGUGUCGAUGCUUCUUGGUGGGACCACACCAUCAGUCAAGCCUGCACAACCAGAAAACCAGUCAGCUUCACUUAGUUCUGUUCGAUUAGGGGGACUUCCAUACCCCCUCCCAGGACAAGCUAAUGCAUUGCCUUUUCCUCAAUCUGCUCCACAUGCAGAUAUUGGGGAUGAUCCACUGGGGCUGCCUGAUGUAGGGGAACAGCACUCUCUUGCUGUAGAUUUGGCAAAGGUAGAGAGCUCUUUAGAUGGUGAACUGCCCCUUCUAAUACAAGAUCUUCUGGAGCAUGAAAAGAAGGAACUACAGAAGCAGCAACAGCAGCAACAGCUCAGUUCCCUCCACCAGGGAGGCAUGGCACCCCAUUUUCCUGGCCUCUUAAGUCAACAGCCUAACCCACAGGCACCUGGACAGAUAAUGCUGCCACACCACCAUCGUCCACCACCCCAAGGAAUGAUGGCUCAGGCAGGGAAUGUACCCCGUGCCCCGCACAUGUUGCAGCAACAACAACAGCAGCAGCAAAGGCUUAUGGGACCUGGAAUGGCACCUCCACCUCACAUGAAUAUGGCCCAGCAGCAAGCCAUGGUGAGGAUGGGUCAGCCAGGGAUCCAUGCAGGUGUCAGUCAUCAACCGCAGUCGCAGCCAUUGAUUAAACCACCUCUGGCCAACAACUUCUUUCCAGAUAAAGAUUUAGACAAAUUUGCAACUGAUGACAUCAUGGAUCCCAUUGCCAAGGCAAAGAUGGUGGCACUUAAGGGUAUCAAAAGAGUGUUGGCACAGGAUCCAAUGGCUGUACCUUCUGGCAUGAACAGGCAACAAGUAUCUCUGCUUGCUCAGAGGCUGGCCUCUGCCCCGGGCACAGAUCCAGGUCAACUUGCAACUGGACCUCCAAAGGAGGGAGAAACGAGUGAUUCCACCCAGUUGAGACCUAACCCUCCCCAGUUUGUACAAGGAAUCAUCAAUGAUGCAGAACAGCACCAAUAUGAAGAAUGGCUUCUUCACACUCAGCAGUUACUCCAAAUGCAGUUGAAAUUUUUGGAGGAACAGAUUGGAGUUCACCGCAAAUCACGCAAGGCACUGUGUGCUAAGCAACGCACUGCUAAGAAAGCUGGAAGGGAGUUUGCUGAGGCAGAUGCAGAGAAACUAAAGUUGGUAACAGAAGAGCAGAGCAAAAUUCAGAAACAGCUUGACCAGGUACGGAAGCAGCAGAAGGAGCACACCAAUCUCAUUGCAGAGUACAGAAGCAAACAGCAGCAGCAUCAGCAAAGCUCAGGUAUUCUUCCCCCAGGUCAUUCUGCACAGGGGGCCUCCCCUCACAUGUUUCCCAAGAUGCCUGGCCAGAUGAUGAUUGGCCAACAGGGAACACCGGUAAUGGCCCAGCACCCUGUUGUGAUGCCCCAAAGCGGAAUGCCUGUCAGGAUGCCCCAAGGGCAGCCCUUUAUUGGUGGAGCCCAACCCCAACCCCAGCUGCCUGCUGCUCUUGUAGCCAGGGCCCCAGGUCCUCCUGGUGCUGCACCAGGAUUCUUCCCACAGGGGCCUGGUAUGCAAGGUGCAGACCCCAGGCUUCUCCAAGAAAGACAGCUUCAACAUAGGAUGCAGAUGGCAAAGCUCCAGCAACAACAGCAGCAACAGCAGCAGCAGCAGCAGCAGCAGGUGAUGAUGGGCCAGCAACCAAUGCCACACCCAAAUCAACAGUCUGGCUCAAUCGCUCAGCCACCAUCCGGUAUGAUGGUAAACCCACUUAUGGUCCAACAACAAGCAAACACUCAACAGGGAAUACUAGUCAACCAGCCCAAUCAGCAGAGCAUGGUACAGGUUCCACAAGGAAUGGUUGGAGGGCAGUCUGUGGCUCCACUGUCACAGAACCUUGCUGGAGGCCAGCCUAUUAAUCAUGGUCAAGCCAUGAUAGCUGUUCAACCAGGAAUUAUGGGGAACCCGCCAGUUGCACCAUUACAGCAACAGAGGCCCCAGCUUAUGAUGAGCCAGCAGGGAAUGGUUGGAUCUCCUGGUCACCCUGGCCUCAGGGGUCCCCAGGCCCAAUUGACUCCACAACAACAGAACAUUCUGGCCCAACGCAUGCUUGCAUCUCAGCAACAGCAUCAGCAAAAUGUUGCAAAUUUGGCCCACCUUCAGCAGCAGCAGAUUGCACAGCAAAGGCAACAAACACAGUUGAUCAGUCAAUCCAACCAAGAGCAAGUACUCUCCCAGCCCUCUACCCCACAGAUGGGCUCAUCGCCUUCAGCAGGAAGUAUCACGCCCCAGCCACAGGGAGCUACAGACAACCAAAACUCAGGCCCCAAAGAGGGUGGGAUCCUCAGUCCUGAUUCAAGAACGCCACCGCAGCACAGUGGACCCUCCACUCCCAAUCAGAUGUCCCAACUAGGCGCUACAAAUGAUCACCAAACUGACUUGGGAAGACAGCAGUUGCAACAGCAGCAUCAAAACCAGGUUUAUAUGGUCCAGCAGCAGCAGUCAAAUUCUCAAUCUGUACCUGAGCCGCAAACCGGUUUGGUUGGAAACCAACAAACUGGUGUCCUUCAACCACAUCAGCAACAAAUUCCGCUCACUCUCCAGAGGCAAGGUUCCCUCAGUGUUGACAAGCCCAUUUUGAUGACUGUUAAAGAGGAAAGGAAACCGAUUGAUUUCUUAGCGCAGCAGCAGCAAACGGUGCAAAAUGCCAUGCAGCAGUCACAAGAUCCCAACAUCCAACAGCAGAUCAUAAGCCAGAACCAUCCUGGACAGCCACCGCCUGUUGUGGUGGGUCAUAACCCACAACAAGCCCUCAUGGCCCAGCAACAAAAACAACAGGCCAUGAUGGGCAUGAUGAGAGCCCAGCAGCAAGGGAUUAUGGCACAAAGGCCUGCGGUUCCACCCGGACAGAUCCGCACCCCAAUAAACAUCCAGGCUAUUAUUGCUCAGAAUCCUCAGCUCCGCAAUCUUCCCCCAAAUCAGCAGAUACAGCACAUCCAGGCCAUGAUUGCUCAGAGGCAGCUCCAACAGGGACAGAUGCUGCGGAUGUCUAUGGGUCAAGGCCAGCAAAGUCAGUUGAGGCCUCAUAUGCCACCAGGACAGAUGCAGCAGAUGCCAUAUGGAGCCAUGGGAAAGCCAGGAGCAGUGUGCACUCCGCAACAAUCAGGCAUGUUGGGUCAACAACCUGGUGUCGCUCCACAGAUGAUGGUCCCUGGGCAGCAAACGCCACAAGUAGGGGAAAUGAUGCAGCAACAUAUUAUGAGAGGCCAGGCACCAGUACCACCUUCCCCCAUGGACCAGGGCCGAAUGGUAAGGCCAACAUCUCCACGCCAGCCAAUAGUCAAUUCUCCUGGACAUGCAUUUAAUCAAGCUAUGGGUAUGCGUCCACCCACUCCCAACCAGAACCAGCAAGCACUAAUGGCAGCUGCAGCAAGCCGCAUACAGGGUUCUCCAUCCCAUGCAUAUUCUCCAAGAGGUCCCUUUGGCAUGAGCCCGGCCCACCCGGCCUCACCUCAUUCCUCCCAUGUCUCCUCACCUUCUAUGGCUGACAGCAGGGCUGGAAGGGGGAGUCCGUACAGCCACGUCAAGGCCUCUCCACUCAGGUCACCUGGAGCCAAGAGUCCGCUUGAUUGUCCUGGACUGAAAGUAGAAGCCCAGACAUCAGUGAAUGAAACAUCACACUCAGUUAUCCCCAAUGGUCCACAGAGAGGCAUACAUGUUCAUCAGCAGUUGCAGCAGGUCACAGAGAACAAUGGUCCUCACACACAACAUGGCCCUAGAGUAGGGGAGCUAUGCAAGAUGACUUUACAGAACAUUAAACAGGAACCAAGAGAGUUUCAAUGUGAUGGUGCGCCAGAGGCUCAUCCUGGGGCUAUAAAGCGAGAAGCAACGGGUGAGGCAGUUACUUCUGGGAAUAACACUAGCUUUAUUAAUGCUAGAAACAUGUCUGGAGACCCUGGGAUUCAAGGCCCUCGAUCUGAGACUGGACAGCAACUAUUACAGAAACUUUUGAGAACCAAGAACCUUCAGCUCGGUGCUCAGAGGCCUUCUGAAGGCAUCCACAAUGAGAUCAAUGGCCACAUUAACAGCAAACUUGCAAUGCUGGAACAAAAACUUCAAGGGACUCCAAGAAAUAUGGAGGAUUUACAGUCUAUAACAAAAAGGGCUCCUGCACAAAAGCCAAAGCGCACUAAUAAAGCAACUGGAGACAGAGGGCCUAAUGCACGGAAGAAGAAUAAGAAGGAAGAUGUUGGAAAAAGUGCUGAAGCACUGAUGAAGCAACUCAAACAGGGUCUCUCUCUGCUGCCCUUGAUGGAGCCUUCAAUCACUGCCAGUCUGGAUCUGUUUGCCCCUUUUGGAAGCAGCCCAGCCAAUGGCAAAGCCCAGCUCAAAGGAUCCUUUGGAAAUGCAGUGCUGGACAAUAUCCCAGACUACUAUUCUCAGUUACUCACAAAGAGUAACCUCAGCAACCCACCAACACCCCCAUCCUCCCUGCCACCCACUCCUCCGCCUUCAGUACAGCACAAGCUGCUGAAUGGCGUGACUCCUGGAGAGGAGCUGUCUGAGGGUCAGAAAGACACAGAACCAGCCGAAGAGCCAAUAGAUUCUGUUAAAGAUGAGGUGAAGAGUGUAGACAUUCUAGCAGCUCUCCCCACCCCACCACAUAACCAGAAUGAGGACAUCAGGAUGGAGAGUGAUGACGAGGAUGCCCCAGAAAGCAUCAUCCCAGCAUCAUCCCCUGAAAGUAACGUUGGAGAUGAAAUGCCACGUUUCCCUCAACUACGGGAGCCUAAAGAGGAGGAGACAGAGAGAGCAAUAUCCCCCAUCAUCCCCCUGAUACCACGCACUGCCAUCCCAGCAUUUCCAGAAAACAAACCAUUCGAAGCAGCUGAUGGCAAGGUUGUUUCCACAUCUAACCAUUGGGACAAGGCCAAAAACAACGAAGUAUCUGUUACAUUCACAUUGUCAUCAGCUGCUGCUAAGAAACUGAACCAUGUCAUGAUGGCCAUGGCCCAGCUGCUUAAUAUCAGAAUGCCAGGUUCUUAUGAGGUGACUUUCCCUCCUCAAAACCCUGACAUGCCUGUUGUGGAUGGGCCUGGGAAAGGACCUGACCAGUCAGGGGCUCUGUGUACAAAGGACGGUGCUUCACCCAGUCAGGAUGACUGGCUCAGGCAGUUCGAUGUGUCUCUACCGGGCUGUACAUUGAAGAAACAAGUGGACAUACUGGCACUUAUUAAACAGGAAUUUCAAGAAAAUGAAGACAAACCAGCCCAGCACUGUUACACAACCAAAGUAAAUGACUUAGAUGUGCGCCACCUUCCUGCUAUACUAGUGGAAGAAUCUCCACCACCAUCACCAUCCCCUCCAUGCCCUCCCCCAUCUUUCUCAGUUCCCACGAGUGAAGCUGAACCUUCCAAAAAGUCAGCUUCUCCAUCCAGUCCCACCAUUGUCCAGAUCAAGACUGAGACUGAACAGGACGAUGGUCCCACUAUUGAUGCUGCUCAACCAACUGAUGUCACAAACUCUGAAGUUGCUGCUCCAGAGUCGGUCACUGAUCCGGAAACUGCCUCUGCAGUACCAGAUUCUUCUGUUUCUACUGAUCCAACUGAAGUCCUUCUGUGUCCUGUGAUCAAGGAGGAGGACUUGGGCGCUGAUUCAGCUCAACCUCCUCAAGAUUCUCCGAACAACAUGGAGUUGUCGCCUAAGGCUGUCAAGCAGCGCAGGCCUCUCUCCCCCGAUGAGGAGGUGGUACAUCCCAAAGUGAAAAAAUGGAAGGGGAUUCGCUGGAAGCGUCUUCAGAUUGUCAUCACAAUACGCAAGGGCGGGUCUAAGAAAGAGAGCAGCCGUGAGGUGUCUGAGCUCAUGGAACGCCUGCGCAUUGCUCUUCGGCCAGACAGGCUGCCUCGGGACAAACGUAAAUGCUGCUUCUGCCACGAGGAAGGUGAUGGAGCCACAGAUGGGCCUGCCCGGUUGCUUAACAUUGAUGUGGACUUGUGGGUGCACCUCAACUGUGCCCUGUGGUCCACAGAGGUGUAUGAGACGCAGGGUGGGGCCCUUAUCAAUGUGGAGGUAGCCCUGCGUCGUGGAUUGAGAACUCUGUGCGCAUACUGCCAGAAAACAGGCGCCACUAACAGCUGUAACAGAAUUCGCUGCCCAAAUGUCUACCACUUUGCAUGUGCCAGCCGGGCACGAUGCAUGUUCUUCAAGGACAAGACCAUGUUGUGCACUCAGCAUAAGCUGAAGGGCCCCAGUGAGGAUGAACUGAGCAUGUUUGCUGUUCUACGGCGUGUCUACAUUGAGCGCGAUGAGGUGAAGCAGAUUGCCAGCAUCUUACAGCGAGGUGAUCGUAUCCACUUGUUCCGUGUAGGCGGUCUCAUCUUUCAUGCUGUUGGCCAGUUGCUACCAUCCCAGAUGGCCAACUUCCACUCGCCCACUGCCAUUUUCCCCGUUGGCUAUGAGGCCACACGCAUCUACUGGAGCACGCGUGUGCCCAACAAGCGAUGCCGCUACCGCUGUCGCAUCAACGAGGAUGAUGGUCAUCCCCUGUUUGAGGUGCGUGUUCUGGAGCAUGGCAUGGAGGAUUUGCAGUAUCGGGACGCUACUCCAGAGGGGAUCUGGGAACGGGUUGUUCAGGAGGUGGCUAAACUCCGAGAUGACUCAUCCAUGUUGAAGCUGUUCACUGAACAUGUCAAGGGAGAGGAGAUGUAUGGCCUCACAGUUCAUGCUGUCAUGCGUAUCACCGAGUCGUUGCCUGGAGUAGAGAACUGUCAGAACUACCUGUUCCGAUAUGGCCGUCACCCUCUAAUGGAGCUCCCUCUUAUGAUCAAUCCCACUGGCUCUGCUCGCUCUGAACCUAAAGUCCCCACACAGUGCAAGAGGCCUCAUACUCUAAAUAGCACCAGCGUGUCAAAGGCCUACCAGAGUACCUUUACUGGAGAGCUCAACACACCCUACAGCAAGCAGUUUGUCCACUCCAAGUCAUCCCAGUAUCGGCGCCUGAAGACUGAGUGGAAGAAUAACGUAUAUCUGGCACGAUCGCGCAUUCAGGGCCUGGGUCUGUACGCUGCUAAGGAUCUUGAGAAGCACACCAUGGUUAUUGAAUACAUUGGCACUGUGAUACGCAACGAAGUGGCCAAUCGGCGUGAGAAGAUCUACGAGUUCCAGAACCGCGGCAUCUACAUGUUCCGCAUCAACAAUGAGCAGGUGAUUGAUGCCACUCUGACAGGAGGCCCAGCUCGCUACGUCAACCACUCCUGUGCUCCAAACUGUGUAGCAGAAGUUGUGACGUUUGACAAAGAAGACAAGAUUAUCAUAAUUUCCAGCCGCAGGAUCCCCAAGGGAGAAGAGCUGACGUACGACUACCAGUUUGAUUUUGAGGACGAUCAGCACAAGAUCCCUUGCCAUUGUGGAGCCUGGAAUUGCCGAAAGUGGAUGAACUAACCAGAAGGAAAAUGGAAACUUCCCCUCUCACUGGUGCCAGAACACUCCUGCGCCAAAGCCUUUGAAUCCUACAUAACCAGUGCAUAAGCUGUUGUGAAAGCUGGCCUGAGUCAGAAAGACUAAAGCGUUGACACCUGUAGCCAAAGGUUUGAAGAGCAUUAAUCAAUAAAAGCAACUGACCACCUCCAUCAACAGCAGCUUGAUGGUGGGACUAACUCUCAUGUUUGGAGUAGUGAAUCACCUUUUCCUCAGCCAAAACACUUUUCCUCUUCGACUGUUGUCAAUAAUCUUACAGUGGCUGGGAAACAAUCCUCAACAUCUACCAAAUGAUUCUGACCCUCUGAUAUCAAUACACGUAGUGCACAGCUCACCUGGAGCUUCGACAAAAAGCCAUUUUGAAAUACUAAGAAUGAACUAAUGAUGCAUUUUUAUGUUUUAAGUCGGACCUAUUUCCUGUCCCACCUGACCACACCUCCCCCUCACCUCCCAGAAAAGGCACUUUCCCAUCAAGUCAUCGAUGAAGACAACACGGAUAUUGACUAGCUAGACAAUCUUGAUGUGGCUCUUUGUAAGAACUACAUGUGAUCGAUGGAAAAAAAAGAUGUAAGUUAAUAUAAAAUUUGAGAUGCUAUUGAUCUGUGGCUCCAGAGGAACCAGAUGUUCUGACUGUGUGGAGUCCCAAGGGGGGUUAGUUGGACCCAGUCUACCUCAUUGAUUUAGCGGGAAGCGACUGCUUUGUAUAAAAACUGUUAACUGCUACUGUGGAACGGGAGGGUGGGGGAAGAGGGAAUGUUUUUAUGGGCUUAGCCUUCUCGGACAAGCAGGGAAUUUUAAGCAGCAGGUUUGCUCUAUCUACUCUAUGCUGAUGAUGAUUUACAAUAAUGAGCCAACAUAAUUAUUAUUCAUGAAUUGUUUAUACAGAGGAAAUAUAUGACAGUUUUGAUAAGAUAUUGCAUUAAAAUCACAAUCAGAAGCUUAGCGGGUGUCCUGUAUGCCACCAAAUCCUCCUGGAUGUUCAUGUAGCGUUUUCUUUGUUCUUUUUAUGUGUCUCAAAAACCAUGUUUAUCAGCUGUGUGAAAGCACAAUAACAUCAACCAGAUAAGUUGCUUGACGACGGUGUGAGUGAGUGGCUCUCGGGUCACAGGACACAGUCUUUGAAGAAGACUACAAAGUCCGAAAUUUACCAAGUACAUUUGCUUGUUGCUUCAUACAUUGAAGUACCACUUGUUGGAAACCAGCCGGUGGAUGCAUGACUACUGUCCCAUUAAAUGCUUUUUAUUCCCCCAUAAGUCAAUCUUUUCACAACUCAACCGUGAACUUUUAAUCAUGCCUCUUCCUCUGUUAAUAGUUAGUGGACUGUUGUUAAACUUUUACUGUAGUAAGUCUUCCUCUGCCUGAGUACAGCCAGCAGUGUUUCUACUUCCCCUGUCAUGUGCUUUUCUAGUGCUGGUACUGUCCUCUCGAGGCUGAACUGAUGGCAAGGAAAGACUUAUUGGAAAAAAGGGCAUUUGUUUUCAUUUCUAUAUAAGAUUAAUGAAAAAAGUCUUUAAAAGGGAGCUUUACUAAAACUCCACCUUCCCAUACUACUUUGUUUCCCCCUUUCCCUAACCUAAGACCUCACAUGAAUUAAAAAUGCAAAGUUGUACAAACUGUAUAUAUAGUAUAUGCAUUAGGGGACAGCAACUCUUUAUCCAGCCCCUUUGUAAUCAAUAAAGUCAAAAGUGUAGAGAAAUAAAAUUGAAAAAAAAAUCAACCACUGGAUAUCAUUUUAACAAAGAUAAAGCUGUAUAUAAAUAUAAAUAUAUGUAAAAUGACAAACUAAUAUCUUUAUGUAUAUGAACCAGAGUGUUUUGCAUUUACCUGUUUUUCUAUUAGUGUUUUUGCUAUAAGCUCUCAGAGACAAGUUUGUUGAAAUAGGUUUGAGAAAAAUGUCUGGUCUUCUCAAAUCAAAUGCGACAGGAAGCCGGUGGGAUUACAAAACUGUUUGGAUUCAUGUGGAGGGUCGUUAAUUGGACAUGAAAAUCACUUCUUGCGUAAAGCAGUACAAUGGUGCAUAGCAUUUGUAUUUAUGUAAUAUUGUUCGUGUUUAUUUUCUUUUUAUUUAUGCUACUGCUUGUUGAUUACCAAAACAUGUCCCUUAAUCGGUCACAAUUGGAUUAAUAUACUCUUGAAUGGAAAAUCUUGAAUUCCCUAGAAUAUUGUUAGUGUUUUGCUUUUUAUAUCUCCCUAUAGAAGUGAAUGUGUUGGUAAACCUUGUGAAAUGGUUACUUGGCCUAAUGUAUGUUAUGAUGUAAUACUCAAAGUUAAUCCCAUACUUAACCUGGUAAUGAAUUGCACUCUCAUAGUAUAACGGAGAACUUCUCUAAAGUGGUAGAUAUUGAUCAAGUAUCUAAAGCAGUGAUAUAUAUAUAUUUUGGUAUGUUUCUAUUUCAAGGGAAGACCAUGACGAGACAUUAUGCCGCUCACUGGAUUUUAGCCUGAAUAAUUUUUAACUUCUCUGAAUCUUAAUUUAAAUUCUCUGCAUAUCUUAUAAUUUAAUAAAGUUUGCUCAAAUUGAAGGUUUUUUUUAACCUCACCUACUUUUUAAAAAGAUGUUGCAUCUGUACAGCAGAGAUACUUUUAGGGAAUAUGAAUAAAUAUAAUGAUCAUUUUUAUUGUAUGUGGCAUGUUUUGUAUGAAUAUUAUUUUGAAUUGUACAUAUUUUUUUCAGGAUGCCAGAGGUUGCAUCUCUUUAUAUACAGCUUUCCCACUCCCUUUUCCCUUCAUCUUAUUUCUUUGUCUGCUUUUGUUUCUUGUAAAGGAAAAUAAAAUGCAUUUUAAAUAUGU